UCCGCGCCGGCUCCGCAGCUUGCGCCCGCCGGCGGGUCCGGCGCCGGGCCAUGGCGCUGUUGCGGGACGUGUCGUUGCAGGAUCCGCGGGACCGCUUCGAGCUGCUGCAGCGUGUGGGGGCCGGGACCUAUGGCGACGUUUACAAGGCCCGUGACACCGUCACGUCCGAACUGGCCGCGGUGAAGAUCGUCAAGCUAGACCCAGGGGACGACAUCAGCUCUCUUCAGCAGGAAAUCACCAUCCUCCGUGAAUGCCGCCACCCCAAUGUUGUGGCCUACAUUGGCAGCUACCUCAGGAAUGACCGCUUGUGGAUAUGUAUGGAGUUCUGUGGAGGAGGGUCACUGCAGGAGAUUUACCACGCCACCGGGCCCCUGGAAGAACGGCAGAUUGCCUAUGUUUGCCGGGAGGCACUGAAGGGGCUCCACCACCUGCAUUCUCAGGGGAAAAUUCACCGAGACAUUAAGGGUGCCAAUCUUCUGCUCACUCUGCAGGGUGAUGUCAAGCUAGCGGACUUUGGAGUGUCAGGCGAGUUGACGGCAUCUGUGGCCAAGAGGCGGUCUUUCAUUGGCACUCCAUACUGGAUGGCACCAGAGGUUGCUGCUGUGGAACGCAAGGGUGGCUACAAUGAGCUGUGUGACGUCUGGGCCCUGGGCAUCACUGCCAUUGAGCUGGGCGAGCUGCAACCGCCGCUGUUCCACCUCCACCCCAUGAGGGCCUUGAUGCUCAUGUCGAAAAGCAGCUUCCAACCACCCAAGCUGAGAGACAAGACACGAUGGACCCAGACUUUCCACCACUUCCUCAAGCUAGCCCUAACCAAGAACCCCAAGAAGAGGCCUACAGCUGAGAAGCUUCUGCAGCACCCAUUCACAACCCAGCCACUCCCUCCAGCCCUCCUUACCCAGCUCCUCGACAAGGCCAGCGACCCCCACUUGGGAACCCUCUCCCCUGAAGACAGUGAACUGGAGACUCAUGAUAUGUUUCCAGACACCAUCCAUUCCCGGGGCCAUCAUGGUCCAGCUGAGAGGACCCCCUCCGAGAUCCAAUUUCACCAAGUGAAAUUUGGUGCUCCUCGCCGGAAAGAGACAGACCCUCUCAGUGAACCGUGGGAGGAGGAGUGGACGUUCCUGGGGAAAGAAGAACUGAGUAGGAGCUUGCUGCAGUCAGUCCAGGAGGCCCUGGAGGAAAGGAGCCUGACUAUCCGGCCAGCCAUAGAACUCCAGGAGCUGGACUCCCCAGAUGAUGCCAUUGGAACUAUCAAACGGGCCCCAUUUAUGGGACUGCCCCACACUGAGUCAACAUCUGAUGACAAUGCCCAGUCUUGCUCCCCAGGAACCCUGUCAGCACCUCCAGCUGGCCCUAGCAGCCCCCCACUGCUGCCAACUGCCUGGGCGACUCUGAAGCAACGGGAGGAUCGUGAGCGAUCAUCCUGCCAUGGUCUUCCUCCCACCCCCAAGGUGCACAUGGGUGCCUGCUUCUCCAAGGUCUUCAAUGGCUGCCCCCUGCAGAUCCAUGCUGCUGUCACUUGGGUUCACCCUGUGACUCGAGACCAGUUCCUGGUGGUAGGGGCUGAGGAAGGCAUCUACACCCUCAACCUGCAUGAACUGCAUGAGGAUACGCUGGAGAAGCUCAUCUCCCAUCGCUGCAUCUGGCUCUACUGUGUGAACAAUGUGUUGCUGUCACUCUCAGGGAAAUCCACACAUAUCUGGGCGCAUGACCUCCCAGGCCUGUUUGAGCAGCGGAGACUGCAGCACCAGGCACCCCUCUCCAUCCCUACCAACCGCAUCACUCAGCGCAUCAUCCCCAGACGCUUUGCCCUGUCCACCAAGAUUCCCGACACCAAAGGCUGCUUGCAAUGCCGUGUGGUCCGUAACCCCUAUACCGGCAGUACCUUCCUGCUGGCCGCCCUGCCUGCCAGCCUGCUUCUGCUGCAGUGGUAUGAGCCGCUGCAGAAAUUCCUGCUGCUGAAGAACUUUUCCAGCCCCUUGCCCAGCCCGGCAGGGAUGCUGGAGCCGCUGGUGCUCGACGGGAAGGAGCUGCCACAGGUGUGCGUGGGCGCUGAGGGGCCUGAGGGACCCGGCUGCAGAGUCCUGUUCCAUGUCUUGCCCCUGGAGGCUGGCCUGACUCCAGACAUCCUCAUCCCUCCUGAGGGAAUCCCAGGUUCUGCACAGCAGGUGAUCCAGGUGGACAGGGACACAGUGCUGGUCAGCUUUGAACGCUGUGUGAGGAUCGUUAACCUGCAGGGAGAGCCCACGGCUGCGCUUGCCCCUGAGCUAACCUUUGACUUCCCUAUUGAGACUGUGGUAUGUCUGCAGGAUAGCGUGCUGGCGUUCUGGAGUCAUGGCAUGCAGGGUCGAAGCCUUGACACCAACGAGGUGACCCAGGAGAUUACAGAUGAGACCAGGAUCUUCCGAGUGCUGGGGGCCCACAGGGACAUCAUCCUGGAAAGCAUUCCCACUGGCAACCCUGGGGCACACAGCAACCUCUACAUCCUCACAGGUCACCAGAGCAGCUACUGAGCUAUCCCCCUGAUGUCACCCAGGCCUCGGUUGCCACCUCCAGCCUCUGCUGGGGUCCCAGAGAGCAGACCUAGUUCUGAGAAGUGUUUGGGGGCAGAGAGGAGAGGUAGCCCACCCACUUCAGCAAUAACCCCGACCAGUGGGAGCUGUGAGCACCUACCCUCCCUGGAGAGUUGUCCCCAUACAGGAGACCCUGGGCAGGAUGGGCUGCCUGGCCGAUCCAUUCCACUUUCUCACUUUUCCUUCCCAUUCUUUCUGCCAAGAGCCUGUCCCAGGUUUUAUCCUGGGCAACAUGUAUUUAAGAGAGAAUUAUAUUGGUAUUAAAGCUGGUUGGUUUUAUCCCACUAGUCCCUCUGAGGUGAAGGAGUUGAGCCCUCACCUUCUGUCCCUUCUCUCCUUCCUCUUUCUCCCCCUCUUUCCUGCAGGACACUUUUCUGUAAGUACUUGGUUGGUCUCAGGCAUGCACCAUGGAAGGGCCAGUCCACUGGUGCUCUGUGGAGUCUAAGCUCAGGUGACAUAAGCCAUGGUCCCUGUUCCAGCAGCUCUCACUCAGUUGUGUAGAUUGAGUCCUCUGCUGUAAUCUGGCAUCUUAUGGACAUGUGCAGGGCAGCCAUGCACCAAAUAGGAUCUUGCCAGUGGUCUGUGGGAGGAUGCUGGAAACUAGCUACCAUGUUUAUAACAUUUCUGAGAUGUAUGCUCUGCCCCUGCCAUCUACUGCAGUAUCCGUGACAAGCAUGUAACAAUUCAGUGGGCAUCAGCUUAGACCGGGAAGAUGAUGUGGGUUCCUUUAGUGUUCAGUCACUCAUUCCAAGAUACAGCUCACCACCUAGGAAACUCAUUGGCACGCAUCUCCCUGUGGCUUUUGUAUUUGUCCUCUCUUAGUUUCCUUCCCUGUGGUCCCAGACACUGGCUGAAGAUCCGCUGAAGGAUGGCAGGGUACACAGAAAAGGCCUGGCCUAGGAGGGUUAAGGGAGCGUGUGGAGCAAAGGUCCAGCUCACUGUCACCCUCCUGACAUUUAGAACACAUGUUGGCAAAAGGUGCCUGGUAUGCUGGCUGCAAGUACUUGCCAGUCAGUGAAUCAAUGGGUGGGUGGGUGGGGGUGGGUAGGUGACAGUUCAUGUGUGGCUAUUGCGGCAGUUACUGUCCCUGUGACUACCCUCUUCCAAGCUCUGAUUGGUUUCCAGUGACCAAGAGGUUUGCUUGGCUAAAAUAGGAAGCCAGAGGAGGAAAAGGACACAGUAUUUGUCCUCAGUGAGACAGUCCCAGAGUCAGCUGAGGGGCCAGGGGAGACAGGGCUACAGAGUAAAUACCUAGCUUCCUAUCUCCCAGACUUCUGGGGUGUGGGGUGCCGGUGAUAGGUGUGAGAGGUGUUCACCACCCAGCUCACAACACUUGAUCCCAGGUGCCCUGGGCGAACUGGCCCUCAGACUUUAGAGCAGUAGGCUUCAGGCAGUGACACCUGGUGGCAGGAGUCCAUCUGAAAAGGUUUAGGGGUAUAGCAUGCCAAGGUGAGGGGCCUGUGAAAGGCAAGACCCACUGAUAAUGUUUGCUCCCAGCAAAGGUGGGUGCCACAAGCCAAUGAUGGGGCAAGCCAGGAAUAUGCACUGAAAGAUGUAAUUUUAUUUAUGUAUUUGUUUAUAGAUAGCCUUUUAAAAUACAAAAUAGAUUCUAGGUUAGGCUGUGGUGAAUGCCUAUGAACCCAGUACUCAGGAGGCAGAGGCAGGACCGUGUGAAUUGUAGUCCAGCCUGGUCCACAUAGUGAAUUCCAGGCCAGCCAAAGUUAUAUGUAGACAGGGCUGCGUCAAAAAUAAAUAAAACUUGCCUUCUCAUUUGUCCUUUAGUUCCUUCUAGAAGUAUUUAUGAUAUUUAAACAAUUCGACAUAUUUUUAUUCAUAUGGAAAUAUUCUAUAUAUCUUUUCGGCUUUUUGAAAAUACAUUCUGGAGAUCUUUACGUUAUCGACCUGGCAUUUUUUUGUAUAGCUAGUGCAGGGUUUUAUGCAUUUAGGUGACUAAUGUUAACAGAAAGAUCUUUAUUGAUGGAAUGUAUUUCUACUUUAAUAUCACAAACCACACUGCAAUAAAUAAUUCCUGUGUCAAAGCCA